UCGAAAAUGACUAUUGACAGUGCAUCAGGAGAGCAGGAACAGUCUUCUGAACAACCCCCACAACCUGCCAAGCCAAUUCGAAAUGAUCAAAAUGCAAUGUUUUUGCGAGCUGCCCGUGCAGGCAAUUUAGAAAAUGUCCUCGAUUUUCUCCGUACAGGUGUAGAUAUAAAUACUUGCAAUUCUAAUGGAUUAAAUGCUUUGCAUUUGGCAUCGAAAGAGGGGCAUAAUGAAGUUGUUAGAGAAUUAUUGAGAAGAGGAGCCGUUGUUGAUGCGAGUACGAGAAAGGGAAAUACUGCUUUACAUAUAGCUUCUUUGGCUGGUCAAGAUAUAAUUGUAACAAUUUUGGUUGAACACGGUGCUAAUGUUAAUGCCCAAUCAUUAAAUGGAUUUACUCCUCUAUAUAUGUCUGCACAAGAAAACCAUGAAGUUGUUGUUCGUUAUUUGCUUGCACAUGGUGCUAAUCAGGCACUCGCCACAGAAGAUGGUUUCACUCCUUUGGCUGUUGCUCUUCAACAAGGGCAUGAUCGAAUUGUUGCUCUUCUAUUAGAAAAUGACAAUACAAGUAAAGUAAAACUUCCAGCAUUACACAUUGCUGCUAAAAAAGAUGAUACUCGAGCAGCUUCUUUACUUUUACAAAAUGAACAAAAUCCAAAUGUAACUUCAAAAAGUGGAUUUACUCCUUUACAUAUUGCUGCACAUUAUGGAAAUGCAGAUAUUGCCCAAUUGUUAAUCGAAAAAGGUGCAAAUGUUAAUUUUCAAGCUAGACAUAAUAUUAGUCCACUUCACGUAGCUGCUAAAUGGGGAAGGGUUAAAUUGUGUGAAUUAGUUUUGAAUAAAGGAGCUAUAAUAGAUUGUAGAACGAGAGAUUUAUUAACUCCAUUACAUUGUGCAGCGAGGUCUGGACAUGAUAGUGUUGUUGAGGUUUUGAUUGAAAGAGGAGCUCCGAUUGCUGCAAAAACUAAAAACGGAUUGGCACCUUUACAUAUGGCUGCACAGGGAGAUCAUUUUGAUUGUGCACGUAUUCUCCUCUAUCACAAAGCAAAUGUAGAUGAAGUCACGGUUGAUUAUUUAACACCUUUACAUGUUGCUGCUCAUUGUGGGCAUGUUAGUGUAGCUAAAUUACUUUUGGAUAGACAGGCUGAUCCAAAUGCUAGAGCUCUUAAUGGAUUUACUCCUUUACACAUUGCUUGUAAAAAGAAUAGAAUUAAAGUUGUUGAACUUUUAUUAAAAUACCAUGCAAGUGUUGGGGCCACAACAGAAUCUGGCCUUUCACCUUUACAUGUUGCUUCAUUUAUGGGAUGCAUUAAUAUUGUUAUUUUCCUCAUUCAACAGGGUGCCAAUGUUGAUUGUGAAACAGUUAGAGGAGAAACUCCUUUACAUUUGGCUGCUAGAGCAAAUCAAACUGACAUUGUUCGUGUACUUGUACGGAAUAAAGCAAAUGUAGAUGCUCAAGCUAGGGAAUUACAAACACCUUUACAUAUUGCUGCACGUCUUGGUAAUUCUGACAUUGCUUUAAUCCUUUUAAAUGCACAUGCUAAUCCAAAUGCUGCAACUAGAGAUCAAUACACGCCUUUACAUAUCGCGGCAAAAGAAGGCCAAGAAGAAGUCGUUCAACUUUUACUUGAUAAAAAAGCAAACAAACAAUUACUAACUAAAAAAGGAUUUUCUCCAUUACAUUUAGCUGCUAAAUAUGGAAAUUAUGGAGUUGUUAAACUUUUGUUAGAAAAAGGAACUCCAAUAGAUAUUGAAGGAAAAAAUCAAGUAACUCCAUUACAUGUUGCUGCACAUUAUAAUAAUGAAAAGGUUGCACAACUUCUGCUUGAACAUGGUGCUAGAGCGCAAGCUUGUGCCAAGAAUGGUUAUACUCCUUUACAUAUUGCUGCUAAAAAGAAUCAGAUGGAAAUAGCCCAAUCUUUACUUGCUUACCGUGCUGAUCCUAAUGCAGAAAGCAGAGCUGGAUUUACUCCUUUACAUUUAGCCUCAGAUGAGGGACACAUUCAAAUGGUUGCUUUAUUAGUUGAAAAAGGAUCGAAAGUAAAAAUUAAAUUUGAAUUGAUUAAAUUGAAUAUAAAAAUAAAGGUAAAUGCUAAAGCCAAAAAUGGAUUAACUCCAAUGCAUUUAUGUGCACAAGAGGAUAGAGUAGAUGUUGCUGAGCAACUCUUUCAAUGUGAAGCUGAUGUUAAUUCUAAAACUAAUGCUGGAUAUACCCCACUUCAUGUUGCCUGCCAUUUUGGACAAUUAGCAAUGGUUAAAUGGCUAGUUGAACAUGGGGCUGUUAUUAAUGCCGAAACUAGAGCUAAUUAUACAGCUUUACAUCAAGCUGCACAGCAAGGGCAUAAUCACGUUGUUCGUUAUUUACUCGAAAAUGGUGCUUCUCCAAAUAUAAAAACUAAUUCUGGACAAACACCUCUAUCAAUUGCUCAACGUUUAGGUUAUGUUUCUGUUGUAGAAACAUUAAAAACUGUUACGGAAACAACGGUUAUAACCGAAACAACAACAAUAACUGAUGAACGUUAUAAACCUCAAAAUCCCGAGGCUAUGAAUGAAACGUAA